GUCUCGAGAGAGACUUCCGAAUUUGCGCCUUAUUAAGUUUGAACAACGUGAAAUUUUUGAAUCACGUUUUAGUCAAUUUUAAAGACAACAGAUUAAAUAUUUUAUAAUAUUUCCAUUUACUCACGAAUUCUGGUUCAAUAUCCAGCGUUCAGUGUAUGGGGAUAUACAGCAAAAAAGAGAAUGGAGGUAUCUGAUGGUAAUUUACAGACUCUGGGUGGAUAUCUGCAGCAAACUCUCUCGCCAGAUCCCGCCGUAAGAAAGCAAGCUGAGCAGUUUUUGGAAUCUGUAGAAGCCAAUCAGAACUAUGGACUUCUUCUUUUAACACUGUUGGACAAAGAUGGAGUUGAGCCACAUAUUCGAGUCAGUGCUGCUGUAACAUUCAAGAAUUUCAUCAGAAGAAACUGGAGAGUGAUUGAUACAAACAAGAUUCAUGACAAUGAUCGUAACACCAUCAAACAACAAAUUGUUGGACUGAUGUUGAAGAGCCCAGAACAAAUUCAAAAACAGUUGAGUGAUGCUAUCAGUAUAAUAGGAAGAGAGGACUUCCCUGACAAAUGGCAAAACCUUAUCACAGAGAUGGUGGAGAAAUUCCAGACUGGAGAUUUUUAUGUUAUUAAUGGAAUUCUUCACACUGCACAUUCCUUGUUUAAAAGAUAUCGGCAUGAAUUUAAAUCCCAGAAACUUUGGGAGGAAAUCAAGUUUGUUUUGGAGAAUUUUGCCAAGCCCUUUACAGAACUCUUCAAUGCAACAAUGGAUUUGGCAACAAAACAUGCUUCAGAGCCAAGUGCAUUAAAAGUCAUUUUCAGUUCUAUAGUUCUUAUUUGCAAGAUUUUCUACAGUUUGAAUUUUCAGGAUUUGCCUGAACAUUUUGAAGACAACAUGAGUAUAUGGAUGACACAUUUUCUAACAUUGCUAAGUGCAGACAAUAAACUUCUACAGACACAAGAUGAAGAAGAGGCCGGGUUACUGGAGCAGGUAAAAUCUCAGAUCUGUGACAAUGUUGCCCUGUAUGCCCAGAAAUACGAUGAGGAGUUCUCUCCCCAGUUACCUGCCUUUGUCACAGCAAUCUGGAAUCUUCUGAUCUCAACAGGACUGCAGGUCAAGUAUGAUGAUUUGGUGAGCAAUGCCAUUCAGUUCCUGGCUUCCGUUGCUGAGCGACCAUCUUAUAAACAUCUGUUUGAAGAUCCUUCUACUCUGGCCAGUAUUUGUGAGAAAGUCAUUGUUCCCAACAUGCAGUUUAGAGAUGCUGAUGAGGAGUUGUUUGAGGACAAUCCAGAGGAAUACAUCAGGAGAGACAUUGAAGGAUCAGAUGUGGACACGAGAAGAAGAGCUGCCUGUGACCUUGUUCAGGCUCUUUGUAAAUCAUUUGAAGGGCCGGUCAUCCAGAACUUCUCUCAGUAUGUCCAGGGUCUCCUACAGGAAUAUGCCACUAACCCUGCACAAAACUGGAAGGCUAAAGAUGUAGCCGUGUAUUUAGUGACGUCAUUAGCAGCAAAGGCUCAAACACACAAGCAUGGAAUUACGCAAACAAGUACCCUUGUCAACAUCACAGACUUCUACCAAGCUCACAUUUUGCCAGAUAUUCAGAAUCCUGAUGACAGUGCAAGCCCAAUAUUAAGAGCUGAUGCCAUCAAAUACUUAAUGAUAUUCAGAAAUCAGCUCCCUCCCGAGGCUUUGGUGGGUAGUAUUCCUCACCUGGUGCGCCUCCUAAAGGUCCUCAGUGUAGUCGUCCAUUCCUACGCUGCCCACACCAUUGAGAGGAUCUUUAUGGUCAGAAAGCAGGAUGGAAGUGGCCCAGUUGUGACACAUGGUCAAAUUCAAGGCUGUGUCAAUGAUCUCAUGUCCAAUCUUAUUGGAGCUAUGAACCAUCCUAGUUCAUCAGAAAACGAAUAUGUUAUGAAAGCUUUGAUGAGAAGCAUGUCAACAUUACAAGAAGAUCUGCUGCCUUUAAUGGGACAGCUUCUGAAAUUCCUCACUGAAAAGCUUGGUCAAGUCAGUAAGAAUCCCAGCAAGCCCCACUUUAAUCACUACCUAUUUGAAUCUAUAUGUGUGGGAAUCAGAACAACCUGUAAACACAGUCCAGGGGCAGUGGUUCAGUUUGAACAAGUCUUGUUUGAACCGUUCACAUACAUACUACAGCAAGAUAUCCAAGAAUUCUCACCGUAUGUCUUUCAAAUCCUGUCUCUGUUAAUCGAUCACCACCAGGAGGGGAAAGUUGCUGACACAUACAUGGCAUUGUUCCCCCACUUGUUGGCCCCUGCCCUGUGGGAGAGGCCAGGCAACAUCCCCCCUUUGGUUCGUCUUUUACAAGCUUACAUAGAGAAGGGAGCCAAGCAAAUAGAGGCAGAGAAAAUUAAUGGGUUGUUGGGGAUAUUCCAGAAAUUAAUAGCCUCCAAGACAAACGAUCACGAGGGAUUUUAUCUCCUUAAUUCCAUGCUGGAGUUUAUGCCAAGAGAGAUGUUAGAUCAGUACCACAAACAGGUCUUCAUUCUUCUGUUUCAAAGACUAUCCAGCUCAAAAACUACAAAAUACAUCAAAAGUCUUCUUGUAUUCUUUUCAAUGUAUGCUUCCAUCAUUGGAGCCAGUCAGUUAAUAGAAAUCAUUGAUGGAAUUCAACCAAGGAUGUUUGGGAUGGUGAUAGAGAGGUUGUUUCUACAGGACAUGCAGAAAAUCUCUGGUGACGUGGAGCAGAAGAUCUGUGCUGUUGGGGUGACCAACAUUCUAACGGAGGCUCCGGCCAUGUUACAGAAUUACGAGGCUUUCUGGUGCAAACUACUUCAGGCAGUUAUUAGUUUAUUUGAAUUACCAAAGGAUGAAUCUACACCUGAUGAUGAACAUUUUAUUGAAAUUGAAGACACUCCAGGCUACCAGACAGUAUACUCACAGUUGGCAUUUGCCGGCAAGAAAGAAAAUGACCCUUUUGCAAAGUCAGUACCUGAUGCAAAAAUUCACCUAGCCAAACAACUAGCUAAGCUUUCAGCAGCAAAUCCUGGAAAGAUAGGACCACUGAUAAGAGCUGGUCUAGAGGAAGGAGCUCAAACGUUCCUACAGAAAUAUUUUGCAGCAGCCAAUGUUUCCAUAGCAUGAUCCUACCAUAGUCUUAAAGGCUAGGAAAAUUGUGACAGUUUAUGGAUAUUCUCAGGCAUUUUUAAAAAAAAUGUUGUGCUGUCAUUUCCAGUCCGGUCUGUUCAACAAGUAUGACUUGCCUUUAAUGUUCUGUACAUUGCUGAUUAGUGAAAGGCAUUGGGUGCAGAAGAGCAAAUGUUCAAAUCUAAUUAGACCUCUGGUGUCAAUCUAGCAAGUGCUUUGUUAUCUUUUGCAAAUAAAAUUUGAAAUCAAA